AUGGGGGCGGCGCUGGUGCGGCGCGGGGGCUGCCUGCUGCUCUGGCUGGCCCUGCUGCUGGGCUGCUGGGCUGAGCUGGGCAGCGGGCUGGAGUUUCCAGGGGCCGAGGGGCAGUGGACCCGCUUCCCCAAGUGGAAUGCCUGCUGCGAGAGCGAGAUGAGCUUCAACAUGAAGACGCGCAGCUCCAGUGGGCUGGUGCUCUACUUUGACGAUGAGGGCUUCUGUGACUUCCUGGAGCUCAUCCUCACCCAAGGUGGGCGGCUACAGCUCAGUUUCUCCAUCUUCUGUGCUGAGCCUGCCACCUUGCUCUCUGAUAUGGCGGUCAACGACAACCUUUGGCAUGCCGUGGUCAUCCGCCGCCACUUCAAGAACACCACUCUGAUCAUUGACCGGGCUGAGGCGAAGUGGGUGGAGGUGAAGUCCAAGCGGCGGGACAUGACUGUGUUCAGUGGCCUCUUCUUGGGGGGACUCCCGCCGGAGCUGCGGUCGGCGACUCUAAAGCUGACACUCUCCUCUGUCAAGGACCGGGAGCCCUUCAAGGGCUGGAUAACAGAUGUUCGGGUCAACUACACACAGACAUCGCCAGUGGAGAGCCAGGAGGUGCGGCUGGAUGAUGAGCAGAGCCACCUGUGUGCUCGGGAGGAUGUUUGCCUCAACGGAGGUGUCUGCUCGGUGCUCAACGACCAGGCUGUCUGCGACUGCUCCCAAACGGGCUUUCGGGGGAAGGACUGCAGUGAAGGUCUGGCGCACCUGAUGAUGGGCGACCAAGGAAAAGAAGAAUAUAUUGCAACGUUCAAGGGAUCAGAAUACUUCUGCUAUGAUUUAUCUCAGAAUCCUAUACAGAGCAGCAGUGAUGAAAUAACUCUAUCAUUUAAAACACUUCAGAGAAAUGGACUGAUGCUUCACACAGGAAAAUCGGCUGAUUAUGUCAAUCUUGCACUGAAGAAUGGAGCUGUCUCCUUGGUCAUUAAUUUGGGCUCAGGGGCCUUUGAAGCACUGGUGGAACCUGUGAAUGGGAAAUUUAAUGACAAUGCCUGGCAUGAUGUGAAAGUAACCAGGAAUCUGCGUCAGCACUCAGGCAUUGGACACGCUAUGGUGACAAUAUCAGUGGAUGGAAUUCUGACCACUACGGGAUACACACAAGAAGACUACACCAUGCUGGGCUCUGAUGACUUUUUCUAUGUUGGUGGCAGUCCUAGCACAGCAGACCUCCCGGGGUCACCAGUCAGUAACAACUUUAUGGGCUGUCUCAAAGAGGUUGUAUAUAAAAAUAAUGAUGUCAGGUUGGAGUUAUCUCGACUUGCCAAACAAGGAGAUCCUAAGAUGAAGAUUCACGGGGUAGUAGCAUUUAAAUGUGAGAAUGUUGCAACCUUAGAUCCGAUCACAUUUGAAACACCAGAGUCUUUCAUUUCUUUGCCAAAGUGGAAUGCCAAGAAAACAGGCUCAAUAUCAUUUGACUUUCGUACAACUGAGCCAAAUGGUUUGAUUCUUUUCAGUCAUGGAAAGCCAAGGCACCAAAAAGAUGCCAAACACCCACAGAUGGUGAAAGUUGACUUUUUUGCCAUUGAGAUGCUUGAUGGCCACCUCUACCUGCUGUUAGACAUGGGAUCAGGUACUAUAAAAAUAAAAGCGUUGCAGAAGAAGGUGAAUGAUGGUGAAUGGUACCAUGUGGACUUUCAAAGGGAUGGACGGUCAGGGACCAUAUCUGUGAACACGUUACGUACACCAUAUACUGCACCAGGGGAAAGUGAAAUCCUUGACUUGGAUGAUGACUUGUAUCUUGGAGGCUUACCAGAAAAUAAAGCAGGCCUGGUCUUCCCAACAGAGGUGUGGACAGCACUUCUCAAUUAUGGAUACGUUGGCUGCAUUAGAGAUUUAUUUAUUGAUGGUCAGAGCAAAGACAUUCGACAGAUGGCUGAAAUUCAAAGUACAGCUGGAGUAAAACCCUCAUGCUCGAGAGAAACUGCAAAGCCAUGCCUUAGCAAUCCCUGUAAAAGCAAUGGUGUAUGCAGGGAUGGGUGGAACAGAUACGUUUGUGAUUGCUCUGGGACAGGGUACCUUGGCAGAUCUUGUGAAAGAGAGGCAACAAUAUUAAGCUAUGAUGGAAGUAUGUUUAUGAAAAUACAGCUCCCUGUUGUGAUGCACACAGAGGCAGAAGAUGUUUCUUUACGGUUCAGGUCUCAGCGAGCUUAUGGCAUUUUAAUGGCAACAACUUCCAGGGAGUCUGCUGAUACCCUCCGGUUGGAGUUGGAUGCGGGACGAGUAAAACUAACGGUCAACCUAGACUGUAUCAGGAUUAACUGUAAUUCCAGCAAAGGUCCAGAAACCCUUUUUGCUGGCUAUAACCUCAAUGACAAUGAGUGGCACACAGUGCGUGUGGUUCGACGAGGAAAAAGUUUAAAGUUAAUGGUGGAUGACCAGCAGGCCAUGACAGGUCAAAUGGCUGGUGAUCACACACGGCUGGAAUUCCACAACAUAGAGACUGGAAUAAUAACAGAACGCCGCUACCUGUCUUCUGUGCCUUCUAAUUUCAUUGGGCAUCUACAGAGCCUUACAUUUAAUGGCAUGGCAUACAUUGACUUAUGUAAAAAUGGAGACAUCGAUUAUUGUGAGCUAAAUGCAAGAUUUGGGUUCAGAAACAUCAUAGCAGACCCUGUAACCUUUAAAACAAAAGCAAGUUAUGUUGCAUUGGCCACAUUGCAAGCAUAUACAUCUAUGCACCUUUUUUUCCAGUUCAAAACCACCUCUCUGGAUGGAUUGAUACUUUAUAACAGUGGCGAUGGAAAUGAUUUCAUUGUGGUUGAAUUAGUAAAAGGAUAUUUACACUAUGUGUUUGACUUGGGAAAUGGUGCAAAUCUCAUCAAAGGAAGUUCUAAUAAACCUCUGAAUGACAACCAGUGGCAUAAUGUGAUGAUAUCAAGGGAUACCAACAAUCUCCACACUGUAAAGAUUGACACAAAAAUCACAACUCAGAGCACAGCUGGAGCCAGAAAUUUAGAUCUCAAAAGUGAUUUAUAUAUUGGAGGAGUGGCCAAAGAAAUGUAUAAGUCCUUACCAAAGCUGGUGCAUGCAAAGGAGGGUUUUCAAGGCUGUCUUGCAUCAGUUGAUUUGAAUGGACGGCUCCCUGAUCUAAUCUCAGAUGCUCUCUUCUGCAAUGGGCAAAUAGAAAGAGGAUGUGAAGGCCCCAGCACAACGUGCCAAGAGGAUUCGUGUGCAAACCAGGGAGUGUGCUUGCAGCAGUGGGAUGGAUUCAGUUGUGACUGUAGCAUGACCUCCUUUAGUGGACCAUUAUGCAAUGACCCGGGAACAACGUAUAUCUUUAGCAAAGGUGGUGGGCAAAUCACUUACACGUGGCCUCCGAAUGAUCGCCCAAGCACUCGCGCAGACAGAUUGGCAAUAGGGUUUAGUACUGUUCAAAAAGAAGCCGUGUUGGUACGAGUGGACAGUUCUACCGGGCUUGGAGACUAUUUAGAGCUGCAUAUUCACCAGGGAAAAAUUGGAGUAAAAUUUAAUGUUGGCACAGAUGACAUCGCUAUCGAAGAAAUCAACGCCAUCAUUAAUGAUGGAAAAUACCACGUAGUACGUUUCACGAGGAGCGGUGGCAAUGCCACUUUACAGGUGGACAACUGGCCAGUUAUCGAACGCUACCCAGCAGGAAACAAUGAUAACGAGCGCCUGGCGAUUGCUAGACAGCGAAUUCCAUAUCGACUUGGUCGAGUAGUUGAUGAAUGGCUACUCGACAAAGGGCGUCAACUCACAAUCUUCAAUAGCCAAGCAACCAUAAAAAUUGGAGGCAAGGAACGGGGCCAUCCUUUCCAAGGCCAGCUCUCUGGUCUUUACUACAAUGGCUUGAAAGUUCUGAAUAUGGCAGCAGAAAAUGAUGCCAACAUCGUGAUAGAAGGAAAUGUGAGACUUGUUGGUGAAGUGCCUUCCUCCAUGACAACCGAGUCCACAGCCACAGCGAUGCAGUCUGAGAUGUCAACAUCAGUCAUGGAAACCACCACCACUUUGGCCACGAGCACCGCUAGGAGAGGGAAGGCCCCGACAAAGGAACCUAUUGGCCAGACCACAGAUGACAUCCUGGUGGCCUCGGCUGAAUGUCCCAGCGAUGAUGAGGACAUUGAUCCCUGUGAGCCGAGCUCAGGUGGGUUAGCAAAUCCUACCAGGGCAGGAGGAGGAAGGGAGUAUCCUGGCUCAUCUGAGGUGAUUCGUGAAUCCAGCAGCACAACAGGCAUGGUAGUUGGGAUCGUGGCGGCAGCAGCGCUGUGUAUCCUCAUUCUCCUGUAUGCCAUGUACAAGUACAGGAACCGAGACGAAGGAUCGUAUCACGUAGACGAGAGUCGAAACUACAUCAGUAACUCAGCACAAUCCAAUGGGGCUGUAAUCAAGGAAAAACAGCCCAACAGCGCUAAAAGUUCCAACAAAAACAAGAAAAAUAAGGAUAAGGAGUACUAUGUCUGAUCUCAACAUCUAAAUGAACGCUUGUAUAGAAAUAGUCUUCAUUUUAUCUGAGACAUAAUACAAACUUAUUUACUUUACUUUUUAUGAAGCACAUUCAAAAACAAACAAAAAAGACAGGGAAUGCAAUCAGAAAGGAAAGACUGUUUUUAAAAACAAGCAUUUCAUGCUCUUGUUUUUCAGAAACGGGAGCUGAUAAAUUCCCUAACAUCCACAGUGUUUUCAUUUACUCUGCCUGUCUUUAUGUUGCUGGAACAGUUCUGAAAGACAAUGAUGGCACCACGCAUUCAUAAAGCAAGGAGUAUUACUACAACAUCAAGGCACAAUAUGAAACAAAACAAAUUUAAAACAAAACAAAACAGGAAAAAAAAAAAAAAAACAGAAAAAAGAAGCUACCUAUGAUUCUGGAUUUAGCCAAAGUGCUAGUGCUUUCUUGAGAAGUGAGUUAGUCUUAUUGUCAGAGAAGACUGUCAUUAUAUAUGGUGACUCAACAAGCAAACAUAGACAGUUUGCCGUCUGGUGCAGUGAAGCAGUGAUUGGAAACUUGCAUUUGAAACAAAGUGCUGGCUUUUCUGAAGACUUAUGUAGAAAUACUUUCAAAAAGCCCCUUUCUGGUUGUGAGGAAAAUAGUACGGAGGCCUUAUUUUCAAAAACAAAACAAAACAAAAAUCUGGAAUAUAAGGCACAUUUCCACAAAAAUAAAAAAUAAAAAACGAAAGAAAGACGAGGAAACAAGAGGGCAUAGAUGCAAUCAUUGGGAAAUUUUCAUGCACGCUUAAUAUGUUAUUACAUAUGUUUAUAUAAAAACACAUCUAUAUGUGCUUUCUGGACUGUGAUAAGUGAUGUUUUAUAGCCUGUUGUAUAGAAAAUGCAAACUAUAUCCGCUCUUCAGCCAUUUUUGGUAAACUCAAUGUUAUAAGUGUUGCUAGGUAUAGAGAGUUUUAUGACAUCUGGAGCAACAGACAUACUUCAGUUUUUUUGCAGCCAUUAUAAAUUGUCACAGACUUUUUUUUCCUUUGAUUUUUCUUUUUCUUUUUUUCAUUUUAAUUUACAGUGUAGUGGUUAUACUAAGGGGGACGUGUAUGAAUGUAUAUAAGAGUCAGCUAAUUUUUUUCUUACCUGUACAGCCUCUAUUCUGUUGCAAUUAAGUUCUCGUAGUUUGUAUGAAAGAAGUGGACUAGAAAGCAAAAAUAUAUACCUAUUGUAAUUUUUCUUCUCCCUCCUAUCCCCAUCUCUCGCUCCCGAUUAUGCAUCAAUGAAGUUGAUCAGAAUGGCCAAAUUUCCUAGAAAUAUACUUUCAUUAAUUAGCUAAAUAUUUAGAGACUGAUCUUUGGCUUACAGUCAGAGCUUCACUAUUGAAGAGCAUGGUUUGCCUUACAGGAACCUCUUCUUACAAAAUCAUGAGAAUGAUGAGUUUCUUGAGAAUCUUAGGAAGUAUCAUAUAGUGUUAAUCUGGCAUUCAGUUUUACGAACAGCAGUUACUACAUCAUUGAGUGGUAUAAGAUCUACAAAGACCCAUUUUAAUUAUCCAGGCUGAAUCUACUGCAGAAUUUACCCCUUUCUCUAAAAGAAAUAAUCUUGAGGUGCACGAUAGUGUUUUUCAAUGGUGGGCAUUUUGACACAUAAAAAAUAUUAUUUAGCUAAGUUGAUUGUGCAGUAUUGCAAGGCGUCAUAACCAGAUAAAUAUAAGUUCAUCAUGUUUUAAAAUAAUAGCUUUUCUCGCAUAUAUAAAGCAUUAAUGCAUUUUAGUUAAAUGUAUUAAAUCUAAUGCUAUAAUUUACAUGCUAAAGGGUUGUUUUGAUUUAUUAUUUUUUUACAGUAUUGUUUUGUUAGGUUCACAGCAAUAAAUCAUAGCGUAACAUUUUAUUUACAUGGAAGUUCAAAGGGAAUACAUUAGACAGAAAGAGGGUAGUUUGAUGGAAAUCCAACCAAAUCAUUGGAAGGCCUCCUGAGACGGAAUAUAGAUGUUCACACUUUACAGGCAGGAAGGAGGAAUAUAAAAUCAGCUUUAAACAGCAGGCACAAAACUGGUACAGCUAUCUGUCUGGGAGUCAGAGCACCUUAAAAAUACAUGUAGCUGACACAAAAAUGCCUCUUUUGAAGGUUGGCAACCUCAACAAGGUGUGUUAUGUUGUAUUUAUGAAAUGAUUUUUUUUUUUUUUCAGAGAAAUGAGAACAGCUUCACAAAAUUUAUUCAAAAUUGCAUAGAUGGUUGUUCACCUACGGCAUUUAAUUCCUCCCACCUUUGCAAGACAGCUGUACUCAGGGAAAGGCAGGGUAAGUUAUACUGAUGGUCAUUGCUGGGAGCAAGAGACUUGAGCUGGAGGCAGGAGAGAAGUUGAAAGCCAGGUGGUGGUCAGUAUUGAAAGAUUUCAUUGCCUGAAGAAAUGUGGAAAAACAAGAAUAAACUGAUGGUAGGAGAUGGGACAAAGCAGAAUACGGUUUGGGUGAGAUGGAAUGGUCUUUUCUGCUUGGUAUUGAUUGCAUUCAUGAAAUAGCAUGGUUAGGUCAACUUCCAGGCAGUUUGGUAGAUUAAUCUUUAAAUAAAUCCACACAUCAAGGAAAAAAAGUUCUGUUACUACCAUAAGAAACAAACACAAUUUUAAUACUGUUUCUGAAGGUUCUCCUAUUUCCUCUUUAAUUUUGUAAUUUAGCAAAAAACAAAUACGGAUAUAUCAGAAGUGCCAGCAAAUGGAUUUAAUAUUCCUUUGUGUUUAAAAACAGCAGCAACAACAAGCAAAUAGACAUAAAACAACUACCUAACAUAAAAUUGGAUCCCUACUCUAUAAUAAUCUAAUUUGUUUGACUGAGAUGGCUUCAUUUCUAUGACUGUAUUGUGUUGCCUUUUUUAACAAAACACUAAAUAAUGUGUGAAACUUUCAACCCUAAGACAUCGAAGAGAGGCCCAAUGCCCCUAACCUUAUAGUGCUUUCUGUGAUAUAUAUUUACGAUUUUUUUAUUUGUUGCAAGGCCAAUUUAUUCAUUAUCGGAAAUGCUAAGCAAGUGGAAUU